GAAAAAGAGCGGGAAGGAUGGAGCUUUCGGAAGUGCGCUGCUCGAGCGCGAGCGACGAGCUGUACACCAUCAACAAGACGCCCGCGAGCUCGAACGGUGCGCGGCCCAAACGCCUGCUGUGGCAGAACGCCGUGCGCCACAUCACCGAGCAGCGCUUCAUCCACGAGCACGUCGGCGCCAACAAGGCCGCGUCUCCGGACGCGCAGGACGCCGGAAAGACGGCAGGAGACCGACAGCGGCAGCAGCAGCAGCAGCACAACAACGGCGGAACUAAAGUGUUCCCCGAGCGCUCGAGCAGCGACCUGGGCUUCGUGCAGCUCGACUGCGCGCCCAGCAACUCGGAGUUCUUCCUGAGCUGGGGCUACACGUACCGCGGCGUCAUCUUCCCCACGCUGCGCUACGCCUUCAAGUCGCGCGAGCUCGAGCGCCUCUACCAGCGCUACUUCCUGGGCCAGCGGCGCAAGUCCGUGGUGGUCAUGAAUAUCCUGGACGUGGUGACCAAGCUGACGCUGCUCGUGCUGCACCUGACGCUUGGCGCCACGCCCGUGGACCCCAUCCGGGGCAUGCUGCUCGGCUUCUUCACGGGCGUCGAGGUGGUCAUCUGCGCACUCGUGGUCGUGCGCAAGGACACGAGCUCGCACGGCUACCUGCAGUACAGCGGCGCGGUCACGUGGGCGGCCAUGGCCACGCAGAUCCUGGCCACGGGCCUCGGCUACGGCCUGCUCGGGGACGGCGUCGGCUACGUGCUCUUCACGCUCUUCGCCACCUACAGCAUGCUGCCGCUGCCCCUCACGUGGGCCAUGGCGGCCGGCGUGCUCACCUCCGCGCUCCACGUCGCCCUGCAGGUGCUCGCGGCGCCCCACGCGCAGCUCUCCACCAAUCAGCUCUGUGCGCAGGUGUUGUUGUUCGUGUGUAUGAACACUGCGGGGGUGUUUAUCAGUUACCUGGCUGACCGCGCCCAGCGCCAGGCCUUCCUGGAGACACGCAGGUGCAUCGAGGCCCGUCUGCGCCUGGAGACUGAGAACCAGAGACAGGAGCGGCUGGUGUUGUCAGUGUUGCCCCGCUUCGUUGUACUGGAGAUGAUUAAUGACAUGAGUAAUGUGGAGGAUGAAAACCUGCAGCACCAGUUUCACCGCAUCUACAUCCACCGCUACGAAAACGUCAGCAUUCUCUUUGCUGAUGUGAAGGGCUUCACUAACCUGUCCACCACCCUCUCGGCUCAGGAGCUUGUCCGAAUGCUAAAUGAACUCUUUGCUCGCUUUGACCGCCUUGCACACGAGCACCACUGUCUGAGGAUAAAGAUUCUGGGUGAUUGUUAUUACUGCGUCUCAGGGCUUCCUGAACCCAGACCAGACCAUGCCCACUGCUGUGUGGAAAUGGGUCUGAGCAUGAUCAAAACCAUCAGGUAUGUGCGUUCACGUACAAAGCACGACAUCGACAUGCGUAUUGGGAUUCACUCUGGCUCAGUCUUGUGUGGAGUUUUGGGCUUGCGGAAGUGGCAGUUUGACGUCUGGUCCUGGGACGUCGACAUCGCCAACAAACUCGAGUCUGGAGGGAUACCUGGGCGGAUCCACAUCUCUAAAGCGGCUCUGGACUGCUUAAACGGAGACUAUGAGGUAGAGGCGGGCCACGGAAAGGACCGGAACGAUUUCCUGCGCAGACACAACAUAGAGACGUUCCUGAUCAAACAGCCAGAGGAGAGCCUGCUCGCCCUGCCCGAGGACAUCAUGAGGGAGGCCACCAACCAAUCAGAUCAUAGAGCAUCUACCACCACUUUUACUGAAGGCACCUGGAGUCCAGAACUGCCCUUCCAUAAUAUAGUGGGCAAGCAGAAUACGUUGGCUGCUCUCACUCGUCACUCCAUAAACCUGCUCCCCAACCAUCUGGCGCAGGCGCUGCAUGUGCGCGCCGGCUCGCAGGAAAUAAACGCGCGCAUGCAGAGCACCAUCGCACUGCGCAGCGGAGACAAACUCCGACGACAGCACAUCACACCUUUCUCGCUCACGUUUAGAGAAGCCGUCCUGGAGCACAAGUACUCGCAGAUGAGGGACGAGGUGUUCAAGUCGAAUCUGGUGUGUGCGUUCAUCGUACUCCUCUUCAUCACAGCAAUACAGAGCCUACUGCCUUCUGCAAGGAUGGCAACUAUGGUGAUCCAGUUCUCUGUGCUCAUCUUACUGCACUGCUGUCUGGUUGUUGUGACAACGGCGGAGGACUACAAGUGUCUGCCAUUGGUUUUGCGUAAGGCGUGUUGCUGGGUGAACGAGACGUACACGGCGCGAAAUGUUGUCAUCCUCCUCUCCAUCUUGAUCAACUUCCUGGCUGCCAUUAUUAACAUUUUGUGGUGUAAUGUUGAUAAAUCCAUCUGGGACGUGUUCAGGAACGGCACAUUUGAUGCUUCAGCCUCCAUCCCUGGCUGUCUCUACCCAGAGUAUUUUGUGUUUACGGGCGUGUUGGCGAUGGUGACGUGUGCCGUGUUUCUGCGGUUAAACUCUGUGCUGAAGUUGGUCAUCCUGCUGUUGAUGAUCGCCAUCUACUCACUACUGACCGAGGCUUUCUACCACUCGCUGUUCACUCGCUACGACACCAUCUCCAGCUACGAUAACUUCAGCAACCAGAGCUUCCUGGGAACCAAGAGGACAUCUCUGCUGCUGAUGGCAAUGUUCCUGUUAGCGGUGUUCUAUCAUGGACAACAGCUGGAGUAUACAGCACGACUGGAUUUCUUGUGGCGCGUACAGGCGAAGGAGGAGAUCAAUGAAAUGCGAGAGUUGAGGGAACACAAUGAGAACAUGUUGCGUAACAUCCUGCCCAGCCAUGUCGCACGUCACUUCCUGGAGAAGGACAGAGACAACGAGGAGUUGUAUUCUCAGUCCUAUGAUGCGGUUGGAGUGAUGUUCGCCUCUAUUCCUGGCUUUGCUGAUUUUUAUUCUCAGACUGAAAUGAACAAUCAGGGAGUUGAGUGUCUGCGGCUGCUCAACGAGAUCAUCGCCGACUUUGAUGAGCUGCUGGGGGAAGAUCGUUUUCAGGACAUUGAGAAGAUUAAGACUAUUGGCAGCACAUAUAUGGCAGUGUCUGGUCUGUCACCAGAAAAACAGCAAUGUGAGGAUAAGUGGGGCCACCUGUGUGCUCUGGCUGACUUCGCCAUUGCUCUGAACGAGAGCAUCCAGGAGAUCAACAAACACUCCUUCAACAACUUCCAGCUUCGUAUUGGCAUGGCCCAUGGUUCCGUAGUUGCAGGUGUGAUCGGCGCUAAGAAGCCUCAGUACGAUAUCUGGGGGAAGACGGUGAACCUGGCCAGCCGCAUGGACAGCACCGGGGUCAGUGGAAAGAUACAGGUGCCUGAAGAAACUUACGCCAUCCUGACGGAGCGCGGCUUUGCCUUCGAGUACCGUGGCGAGAUCUACGUGAAGGGCAUCAGUGAGCAGGAAGGGAAGAUCCGCACGCACUUCCUGCUGGGCCGCGUGCAGCCCAACCCUCUGAUCCUGCAGCCACGCAAGCUCACGGGGCAGUACUCUCUCGCCGCCGUGGUGCUCGGCCUUGUCCAGUCCCUCAACCGGCAGAAACAGAAGCAGAUCCUCAAUGAAAACAACAACUCAGGCAUCAUGAAGGGCCACUAUAACCGCCGCACCCUGCUGGCACCUGGGGGCCCUGACACCAGCCACACCGAGAUGGCAGCGGACAAGAAUGAAAUGGCCUAGAGAGUGCCUGAGUGAAGUUUCUACAAGGUCCUUAAAGUACAGAAAAACGAAUAGACUGCUAUCCCAGAGAUGACCUGAUAAAAAGGACUGAGCGGUCAACAAAGAUCGCCAUACUGAAAGACUGAGCUGUCCCAAAGACUGUCUGAUAAACUGACUGAGUGUCCCUCUUGCUGUCCAUGUUUCUUUUUUGUAUUUCUUUUGUAUUUCCAGCACAAUAAAAGGGUUUAAUUUUUUAUAAAA